GGGCUCAAGAAUUUGGCGCUCUCCCAGCAAUGCUACACAAGCCCGGGCACGCUCCAGCCUUGCACGUGCCUCCUGGUAUCCCGGAUCAUGACUGUGAAGAGCGACCAGCCGGAAGCAGGCGGAAUACCAACUGCAGCGAGUUCAGUGAUAUUUCCACGGCGGUGAAUCCGUUUGCAGCUCCACGUCCAAAGCUGGUAGACUUCGUGGAUAAGUUGGAAACAGCUCUAUCAAAGUGUCUAUCUGAUUAUAGAUGUCAGGCAGAAGAUGCACUGUCCGAGCACUUGGCUGCUGUGGAAUCGCUUCAGAACACUUAUGAGCAUGACUUGGCUGCUUUGACGUUGGAGAACCAGACUCUUCGCCAACAGCUUGGAAUGAAAGGUUUCGAAGAUGUGAAGAAAGUGGUGUUUCAAUCCCCCUCAGGUAGCAGGCGGAACUCCCACUCUUCUCAGCCUUCGACGACGAAAUCAAAAAAUUGUUGGGUGGAAAACGAGGACACCCCUGUUAAGAGCCCGUCCGCACACAGCCGGAAGCUAUCAAUCAGCCGAAAGAAUCAGGAUAAGAUUGGAAAGGACGGCAGCUGGCAGGUCUUCAUGGCUUGGGUGCCUACUGGAACCGCUUUGUUGCAAGCGGAAUCAUACAAGCCAUCGGAGAAGGAGGCCCAGGCGCAGGCGCAAAAGGCUCUCAUGUCUCGCAAGAAACCGCGACCCUUAAGUAAUGGAUCCGGUGGUGAGUAUGCUUCUGUCGUCCCGCAAGAGACCAGCAAGUUUACCCUUGCUGUUGAUGGAGAGGAUUCUGACAGCGAUAGCUCCGAAAGCAGCAAAACGGACCACAAGCAAGAGUAUGCUGUGCUGCCCGUUUGGGAGGCCUCGGAGCGAUUGCAGAAGAAGUUGAAGAAGAACAGCCGCUCAGAAGCGGCCAGCUCUGCUGCAUACAAGGAAGAUGAGCCAGACUUUGGUGCAGAGAUCCAGCCAUGGUACAUUUUAAAUCCAGAUUCGUCAAGGCGUGUUUACUGGGAUAUCCUGAGCUUGGCGAUGAUCACCUACGACAUCAUUUUCGUCCCGCUGGAGGUUUGCUUCAUUUUGGAAGAAACAACUUUCUUGGCCUUCCUGGAUUGGUUUAGCCGCAUCUUUUGGACACUUGACAUGGGCAUGUCAUGUAUCACUGGCUUUGUCCUUUCAGACGGUGUUAUCGAGUACAAGCCUCGGAACAUCUUACAUCGCUACUUCAAGACAUGGUUUCUUCCAGACCUGAGUAUGGUUUUAUCAGAUUGGAUUGGAUACCUGGUGGCUGGCAGUGGUCUUGGUUUGGGGCAAUUGGCGCGUGCCAUCCGCAUGGCCCGAGCCGUGAGGCUCCUGCGGCUGCUGCGAAUGCAGGAAGUCUUGGCCAAUCUUACAGAACGCCUCCAAUCAGAUGUUGUGGAAAUUUUUGCGCAAAUCAUCAAAAUGAUUGUCGUGCUCGUCAUGCUUUGCCACUUCAUUGCCUGCUUUUGGUGGGCAGUUGGGACCAAUGGCACUGGAACCACAUGGGUGAAGGCUGGCUCUUAUGAAGAUUUGAGCGUCGAUGCAUCCUAUUUGGUUUGCCUCUUGUGGGCGAUAUCUUUGUUUUCAGGAGGCAACAGCAACAUAUAUCCUGAGACAUCGGCUGAGCGGAUGUAUGGUGUUGCAGCAGGCGUUUGCAGCUUCGUGUGUGUGCUGGUGAUGCUGGGAACUCUAACUUCAGGGCUGACCCAGCGGCACAUCAUCGACGGUAGCGGACAGCGUCAGAUGGCAGCGCUCAAGACCUAUUUGCGCCAGAACCACAUCCCCAAGAAUCUCACAAAGCGUUUGUGCCGCAGUGCCAAGCAUGCCAUUUCCGGUGACCUUACUCCCGACUCGGUUCAGCUUUUGGCAGUGAUCUCAGAACCUUUGAAAAUGCAAAUGCAUUUCGAGAUGUACUCCCGAAUUUUGCUGCACCAGCCCUUUUUCAAGGACUUGCUCACGGAAGGGAACCAGCUUGUGCGGCGUGUAUGCCACCAGGCCAUGAGCAUCCUCCUCCUAACGCACAGCGACGUCGUUUUCGAGGUGGAUGAGGAGCCUUCAGAGCCCAAGAUGUACUUGGUGGCAUCCGGGUCUUUGGAUUAUACCGACUCCUAUGGUGAGGUGGAGAAGGUCGGAGAUAAAUGCUGGAUAGCGGAACCUGUCCUGUGGACACGGUGGAAGCAUCGCGGAAGUCUUGUGGCGGCCAGCGACGUCAAAAUGGCGAUGCUUGAUGCCACAAGCUUCCAGGAUAUUUGCAGACAAGCGAUCGCAAAAAAGAACCCAGCAUGUUUGCCUAUCAUUGCAUAUGCCUUGGAGUUUGUCCAGGAGUUAAAUCAGAGGAGCUUCGCCACUGAUUUGCCUGCAUAAUCCGUGUGCCUUGGAGACGGGCGUCCUCCCGCACAGCUCCUGCAUCAUUUAGGAUUUUUUGCACUUCUGUUUCAUUCUGUUCUACAGGCAGUGGCC